AUGAAGCAUCGGCUUGUUUUUCUAGUUUCAAGCAACGCUGAAGUAGAUAAAUGGGAUGAAAAGGUACUGAGGGGGAUGCCCGGGACUGAGGCAGUAAACGAGGUACCAGAUGUUGUUGCUGAAGACGGAUCCGAUUCCGUCAGGCGUGUCAUAUUGGUAAACGUUAACAAUGACUGCGUGACUACACAGCAGACAGUGGGUUUGCCACGUUUGCUCCAUUUCAAAGUUGGAGCACGAUACAUGAUCACAUAUAAUUUGGACACAAGUGACGUGCUCACAAACGGUGCUACGGGGCGACUAGUGCACAUCGAUAUGUCAGGACAACGCCCCUGCGUAAAUACACCGCGGAAACCAGUACGUGUAUGGAUGGUGUUUGGUGAGCCCACGGUGGGCACCAAUCUUCGGAAAAGAUAUGAUGCCAUCAUUGCUAGAUUGCAGUACCUCCUGGCUGGACACCGCUGGAGCCCGCAAAUGUGA